AUGCGUUUCUCAACCGUUCUCCUAGCAGGGCUGACGACCCUCGCCGCCGCGCAGACCCAAGACGCCCCCGUGACGCAGGACAACCCGCACGUCACCUACCAGGCUGUUCUGCCCCCCGAGCCCUUCUACGACGGCAAGCUGGAUGGCAACAUCCGCGGAUACGUCCGCGCAACAGCCGGCCCCGGGGGCCAAGGCGUCAAGUUCCACGUCAAGUUUGAGAACCUGCCCAAGCAGGGCGGUCCGUUCCUCUACCACGUCCACGUCAAGCGGGUGCCCGCGGACGGGAACUGCACCGAAACCCUUGCCCACCUCGACCCCUAUAAGCGCGGCGAGGACCCCCCCUGCGACGCAUCCGAGCCGCAGACGUGCCAGAUCGGCGAUCUGAGCGGCAAGCACGGCAAGAUCACGCAAGACCCCUUCCGCCAAGAGUACGUCGAUCUGUACGCCUCGCUGAAGGAGGGAACCCCGGGCUUCAUCGGCGACAGGUCGAUUGUGGUGCAUUUCAAGGACAAGAAGCGCAUCACGUGCGCCAAUCUCGAAGAGGUGCGCGGGUGUCAUGCGUAG